CCACUCGGAAGUAAAUUAUGAGACACCGUAUGUCGGAAGUUUCCGGGGGAAGUAGUUGCGUAUGCUCUAGAAAACAAAGCUACAAUGAAUCCGCUUACGAAGGUGAAGCUCAUUAAUGAACUGAAUGCGAGAGAAGCUGAUCUCGGUAUUAAGGACUCCGUGUCGUGGCAUUCGGAGUACAAAGACAGCGCCUGGAUUUUCAUCGGUGGAUUUCCGUACGAACUGACCGAAGGAGACAUCAUCUGUGUUUUCUCACAGUACGGAGAGAUCGUCAACAUCAACCUGGUGCGCGAUAAGAAGACGGGGAAGUCCAAGGGCUUUUGUUUUCUGUGCUAUGAGGAUCAGAGAAGCACAAUUCUGGCAGUGGAUAACUUCAACGGCAUCAAGAUCAAAGGCCGGACGUUACGUGUAGACCACGUGUCUAAUUAUCGUCCACCCAAAGACUCGGAGGACAUCGACAGCAUCACCAAGAAUCUCCGAGAGCAAGGCUGCGCACCUAAAGUCACGUCUUCAUCCGAGUCGGAAUCGGAAGACGGGCAGCUUAUACCGUUAAAGAAAGCGAAAAAGGAUAAAAAAGAAAAGAAGAAAAAGAAGAAGGAGAAGAAGGAAAAGAAGAAAGAAGCGAAAGAGAAAAAACACACGACGCAAGAGGACUCUCCCUCUGCUCCUGCCGCGAGGGUGAAGAAGGAGAAAGAGGACACGGGUUAUGAGAAGUACGUCCUGAAGGGGGCGCAAGAGUCCAGAGGUCAAGAGAUGAGGAGCUCACGGGAAAGAGCGGACGAUCAGCACGGAAACCUCAGGAGAGGAGGAGAGAGGGGAGGAGAGGAGGAAAGGAGGACGGGAAGGGGUAGAGACGAGGCAAGAGGGAAAGACGAGCAGCAGCGUCCACGUGAGAGAGACCGGGGGAGAGAAAGCGAGCAAGAGAGAGAGAGCGACAGGGAGAGGGUUAAGGACAGACAUCGAGAGAGAGGAGGAGACCGAGAACGACACCAUAGAGACAGAGAAAGAGAAAAAUUGAGAGACCGAGACUCAGAAUUCAGACGCAACUGAUACAAGAACAGCUUCACAAAAAUGACAGAUUUAAAAAAAUAUUUUUUUUUAUUCAUUCACUUGCUCCUGUGUCAUGUUGUGACAUCAUCACACCCGUGUUUGUGUCAUGUUGUAAAUAAAAGGUUUUUUUUUUAUUCAAA